GGGCCGGAGAACCCUCCGUUGCAUGCUGGGAUUCCGGAGGACCGCGCCACUCGCCCCCCAGUGUCAUGGCGACCAACAUCGAGCAGAUUUUCCGGGAUUUUGUCAUGAACAAAAUAAGGGAGAUAGAAGACGAAGGUCAGCACUCCGGAGUGACCGGCGAAGGACGUUCAAACGGCGGCGUCCCUACUCCUCCGGCCAAGACGGGGCCUGGGCAAGAGGUUGCCGCAGCGAUGGAGUGCCACGGAGACGCGGAGGAGACGAUGGAGAGUGCCGGAAAGCCACGGCUAGAGGAUGCCGGAGCCUUGGAGAACGCAGCAACUGCUGAAGCCACCCCUGGCAAGGAGGGCAGCGAGACGCCGCGCAAGAAGAACAAAAAGCACAAGCGGCACAAAAGCAAGAAGAAGAAGAAGAAGCGCAAAGAAGAAAAGGAGAGCAGCUCCGAGUCAGGGAUGGAGUCUGGCGGAGAGGCGCCGGUCCGGGUGAAGACCCAGGGCCAGUCGAGCAAGGAACGCGCAGCAGAAGGAGAGGAAGGUGCCGCUGCUCAGGAACCAGCUGGGAACGUGCCAGCAGCAGGUCAACCCAUGGAAGAGGGUGAUGGAAAAACUAAAAAGCAUAAGCGACACAUGGCUAAGAAAAAGAAAAAGAAGAAGAAGAAAGAGGAGGAGAAGCAGGAGAAAAAAUCUCCUUCUCGCUCCAGGUCGGAGAGCACUUCUGCUUCUGGGUCGGAAUCGGAUUCAGAGCUGAGGCCACCCUCCAAACUGCCACCCGCUUCUUUCCCUGUUGUCGCCCUGGGAAAGGACCGAGAGAGCACUUCACCCGCAGUCCCUUCACAGGAGCUUCAGAAAAGAAUGUCGCCUAUGACCUCAGGGCAGGACGUGGAGCCUGUGAAGGGCAACUCUGUCUGUGCUCAAGGCUCGGGGGAAGGUUUCACUGCCAAGAGUGGAGAGACAUGCCUUGCAGCCACUGAAGAGAAGGGGAAGGUAACUUCCAGCAUGCCGCUGGAGGUGGCAUCUGAGCCAAAUGAUGAUCAGGGGAAUUUUUCCACAAAGCAGGAUUUGCCUGAUAUCAUCCCCAAGCUUGAGAACACGCACAAGGAGGAGCCUCCUGCCAAGGCAGACGAUGACAUGCCAGCAGAUGGAAAAGGGAAUCAAGAAGCAGGGCAUGAAAUGAAGCGACAAAGUUACUCGGCGUCGCGAUCCAAAUCGAGGUCGCGGUCACCAUCGAAGUUAACGAGCACGGUGCCACUCCGCGCUCCUUUGCAAAAGAGUCAUAGCCGUUCCCAGAGUCAGAAGCGAAGCACUGACAAACAGGGCUCUCGCAAAGCUCGCUCCUUGUCCAAGAGGAGGUCUAGAUCGACUUCCAAGAGAAGAAGUAGUCCUAGGAAGAAGAGGUCUAGGUCUCGUUCUGGUAGACGCAGGUCUAGAUCUCCUUCCCUUAAACGCUCAGGGCGCAAGUCCAGGUCUUUGUCUACUAGGAGGCGAAGACGUUCAGAUUCCAGGUCUCGAACAAGGAAUCGAAGGUCCAGGUCAAGAUCUCGACGCCGCACGAGAUCGAGGUCUAUUGUACGGCGGCGAAGGUCUCGUUCUCGAUCGCUGUCGAGGCGCAGGCGGUCACGGUCCAGGUCAAAGAGAUCUCGAUCACGUCGACGCACCCAACGGUCUCGAUCGGCAAGGAGGGGCAGGCGAUCCCGGUCUCGAUCGCGCCGACGGAGGUCAGUGUCACGGUCAAGAAGAUCAAGGUCCCGGUCUGUGAGGCGGACCAGGCGAACUCGGUCCAGAUCCAUUGUAAUCCUAAGGCGCUCUAGGUCUCGGUCCUUACUGAGGAGAAACAGACGAUCUAGGUCCAGGUCGCUGAGACGAAGAUCAAGGUCUAUUAAAAGGCAUCGGUCUAAAUCUCGUUCGCUACGGAGGUCCAGGCGUUCUAGGUCCAGAUCGCCAGCAAGGCGCAGGAGAUCUAAAACCUCAUCACCUCGCCGUAGUCGGCGGUCAAAGUCCCACUCUCCCAUCAGACAUCAUCGGUCAAGAUCUGAUUCUCACAAAGGGGGUCGAAAACAGUCCCAGUCUCCCAAAAAGAACAGGCAUUCAAAAUCUAGGUCUCCCACUAGGAUUAAGUCCAAAUCUAGAUCUGUGUCGAGAGAUGUGCAAUCAUGUGAGAAGAGCCUCGUCCCCCCACAAGAAAAGGGUGCCUCAAAAUCGGGGACCCCUGCCAGAGAAUGGUGUGACGCUGACCUUCCCCUUGCUGAAGUGCAGGAAAAAGAUCAGAGUCCUGAGCAACCUGGACAGGAUGAUGGACCUUCUGGGGACGUGGGUCCUCAAAUGCUCAACGUGGAGGAAUGCACUAUGAUAGAGGAAACUCCAACAGAAUCUCGUGUGGAUGGAGACGGCGCUGAUGGUACAGUCCUGGCUUCUGUUGGAGCGUGGAGACCAGUCCCCUUCCUGGAGGACAGUGGUGUUAGUUCCGAAGCAGACCCUGUGGCAGAAGGGGUGAACAAUUCCCCCUCUGCUGAAGAAGCUACAGUUAGAGAACUGCCAGAAGAAUGUAAAUCCCCAAAGACUAAACAGAUUGAGAAGUGCUUUACUCCUGAGAUGCCUUUGACCGCACAGGACUUGCAUUCCGACAGUCCUUCACAAGCCAUCUCCAAACCACGUGUCCCCGAGAGCACUGAGCACGUAGAAAAUGCUCCCGAGGAUAUGGAACAUCUAACUGAGUUUAGGUCUGGCUCCAUUUCACCUCAGUCCCAAAGGCCGUGUGAAUCAAUCUGUGUGGAACCAGAAGAGUCGGAUGUGGCUUCAUGUGAGGCCCUAAAACUCGAACCACGCGUAACGUGUCCCAGCGGGCGAAGAAGGACGAGGUCAAGAUCUGCUGACCAAGACUGCUCAGAAAUAGAUAGAAAAUCAGAGCGUUCACGAUCACACUCAGUGUCAAAAGAGGGUCAGACACCCACUGGAAAACUGGAUUCAGAAUCCAGGUCCCCAUCAAUAAGUAAGAAGGAAAGUUUAUCAAACCAAGCACGGUUAUCAGCAUCUCCGGGUGCAAGGAAACGCUCAACGUCAAUGUCUCCUUCAAGGAGGAAGAAAUCGAAGUCCAAGUCUCCAGCUCGAGGAAAGCACUCAAGGUCCAGCUCGUCGUCACAACGAAGGCGUUCGCAGUCAAAAUCUGCCAGUCGCAAGAAAAAGUCCAAAUCCAAGUCUCCUAGUAGGAAGAAAAAAUCAAGGUCACGAUCCCGCAGUCGAAAGAGGAAAUCUAAAUCUCCGGCAAGGAGAAGACGAUCGAGGUCCAAGUCAACAACAAAGAGAAGAAAAUCUCGGUCAAAGUCUACGUCCAGGUCCACCAAAAGAAAGCGGUCCAAGUCCCGAUCGCCUGUCAGAAAGAAGCGUUCAAAGUCUCGGUCACCAAGGAGGAGCAAACGCUCCAAGUCCCGGUCGCCAGCUCGGCGGAAGAGGUCAAAAUCAGCCGAGAAAAGCAAGCGCUCAAAAUCUCGCUCCCCUACCAGGAAGAGGCGGUCCCGGUCCCGCUCUGCAAACCGUGCUCGGCGGUCACGGUCCAGGAGGUCUCGCUCCUUGUCCCGUCGAAGGAGAGGCGGUUUUCGCAGUCGCUCCUUCGAUCGAAGGGACAGAUGGAGGCGGGAGCCAAGCCACUCGCCAAUUCUCAUCCUGCGCAAGAAGAGAUCCGCUUCGCGCACCCGCCGCAGCGCAAGCAAGACUCCACCCCGCCUCACGGAGCUCGACAAAGACCAGCUUUUGGAGAUUGCGAAGGCCAACGCAGCUGCCAUGUGUGCCAAGGCCGGGAUGCCCAUUCCCGAGAGCCUGAGGCCGAAAGCAAUCCUCCAGCUGCCCCUGCCAACCCCAGUCCCCUCCCCCCUCAACCUUCCCCUGCCGCUGCCCAUGAACCUCCCAAUGGGAAUGCCCAUGGGCAUGCCCAACAUCAGCAUGAACGCAGCCAUGGCCACCAUGACGGCGGCCACCAUGACUGCCGCCCUGACCAACAUGGGUGCUCUUGGCAGCAUGCCUGCCAUGCCUGCACUGCCUAGCAUCACCAACAAGCCUCCCCCCACGGCCAUGCCCAACACUGCCAACAUCGAGGAGGUCAAGAGGAAGGUGACGCAGAAAGCUAACAGCAUUAGCAUCAAGGAGCUGACAGAGAAGUGCAAAAUGAUCGCGGAGAGCAAGGAAGAGAUGGCCGUGGCGCAGCCUCACGUGUCCGACGACGAGGAGGAGGAGAAGCCGUUUGGUGGAGGGGCCCUGCGGGAGAACAAGGGCAUCUCCUUCAGUCUCAGUAACCCCUCAGCAAAACCAGCCACCAGGACCGAGGCAGCCUUCGCCAAGGAGUUCCCCGUGUCAUCGGGUUCGCAGCACCGCAGGAAGGAGAACGAGGGCGCUUACGGCGAGUGGGUGCCUGUGGACAGGAAGAUGGACAAGGACAAGGCAGCCGCUUCGUCGAGCGCGGGGGCCGUAGCGGAGGAAGAGGGCAAGCAGAGCGACAGUGUCUUCCCCGACGCACCGCUGCAGCCUGUGGACAUCACGCUGGCCGUGAGCGAGAGGGCGGUGGCGCAGAAGCGGCUGGCCGAGAACCCCUUUGACGUCAACGCCAUUUGCAUGCUGAGUCGGGCGCAGGAGCAGGUGGACGCCUGGGCCCAGUCCAACUCCAUCCCCGGUCUGUUCACGGGAUCCACAGGCGCCCAGGUGCUGUCUUCAGAGGAGCUGUCCAGCAGCGGCCCGCAAGCCUGGGUGAAGAAGGACCAGUUCCUGAAGGCCGCACCCGUGUCCGGCGGUGUGGGCGAGUUCCUCAUGAGGAAGAUGGGGUGGCGUGCAGGCGAGGGGCUGGGCAAGUACCGAGAGGGGACCGUGGAGCCCAUUGUCAUCGACUUCAAGACGGACCGCAAAGGGCUCGUGGCCGAGGGUGAGAAGAUGCAGAAAUCUGGCAGUCUGGUGGUGAUGAAGGACCUCCUCGGGAAACACCCCGUCUCCGCUCUCAUGGAGAUCUGCAACAAGAAGAAAUGGGCGCCUCCCGAGUUUGUCAUGGUGCACCACAGCGGGCCGGACCACCGCAAGAACUUCCUCUUCAAGGUGGUGGUGAACGGGACCGACUACCAGCCCCAGACCGCCAGUCCCAACAAGAAGCACGCCAAGGCGAUGGCCGCCACCGUGGCUCUGCAGGCCAUGGGCGAGGUGUCGGGGGACAGUCUGCACAGCGGUCCCGUCUUCACCGCAGCCACGUCCACCGACUGACCGUCGCAGGGUCUCACACGGAGACUGCGUGUCCGCCCCGCCCCCCCCCAACAGUGGCGCUGUUGCUCGAACUGCUGUUCGGUGAACGGUCUCACGCCGAGGGUCUUUUAACCUCUUUUUAACAUGGUCACGAGGACCUCGACCACACACCCUCCCUCCUGUGAGCAUGCUUUUCUUUCUUGACCAAAUAAAGCGCAAUAUGACAGUGAGCUCAGC